AUGGAACUAAAACGCAUAGCAUUUCAGAAUAAUGAGAAAUAUUAUGCAUUCGGUGAUCGCGCUUACCACAAGGAUACUGAAACGAAUCUUCUCGUGUACGGCAAGCAAAACGACUACUAUACCAUAGAUGCUCUUCUGUUUCUUUGGGAGCACCGCGCAAAAACUCAUCCGUCCUACGUUCGUGAUGCUACUGCUGCUAACGUAAAAGUCGUUUCUCGUCCAGAUAGAAGAGAAAUCCUUGACUAUCUGAGUGGUAAUCGGCUUGAAAUCCCUGCAAAUCACAACCCUUCACAUGCUCCUGCUCCUGGUAUCGCGAUCAGUCGACUUGUUCCGGAAACGAUUGAGGAACCAGAGGCGAAAAAACUGAAGUUAGAACAUAAUGCUCGGCCAAGAGUAGACCAGUUGCUCAACAAAGAGCGAGUGGACCCGUCCGAGGUUCGAGCCUUGAAUGAGUCGCUCACAGCUGACAAGAUCGCUGCUCUUAAACAAAAACGACUAACGCAUCAGAAGACCAAGAUUGCUGCUGUUGAUCCAGAAAUGAUGGCUGGCGGGGCACCAACGGAGCCGCUCGUGACACGGUAUGCAAUGGAUGUUCGAAAGGUAGAACGUGUGUACAAGACGAGGAAAAGUGUGAUGAAUGCUACUAAGAAGACUUAUACCUUUUUGUUUGAUGUGCUGAAGCUAAUCAAGAAUCAGGGUUUUCAUUGUUUCAAAAUGCUCCUUACAGCAGUAGAGAAUCAGAAGCCGGAAGAGGCAGCAAGAAGACCCGCCUUGGCAGCAGCGAUACCUCAAACCAUAAGCACGCCUGAUGAACCGAAGAAGCGAGUCAGUCGUACUCCAAUCAUUAUCAUACCGUCCGCAAUGACUUCAUUAUUGACUAUUUUCAACGCUCAGGACAUAAUUCAGGCAGGACAUGAACUUUGUGACAACAGAGGAGAAAAGAAAGGAGAAAAAUAUGCAGCGAAAAUUGACCCAAAUGUUGCGAAGUGGAGCGUUACAAGGCUGCCAGUUUCUCGGACAACGCGACAUAUGGACAGGGCCAGAUUCAGAGUGUUUUGGGAAGUGUUAGAUCGCUGGAUCCCAGCUAAUCGGCCGCACUUGAGUGUAACCAUAGCAUAA